GGGGCGCCUGGAGCGGCUGGCGUGCCAGGUGGCCGCGGGCCUGGCCCUCCCGUGCCGGGAGCACGCUCUUCGUGCAUUCAUUUUCCAUAUGGAGAAACCUCCCGCAGGAACUCCUGUGUGUGCGUGUGCCCGCGCGUGUCACUUCCCGCAGGAACCGCGGUCUGCUGCGAUGCCCGUCGCUGUGGAGGACAUCAUGAGGCUGCUGUGCUCCGUCUCUGAGGAGAGGAAAAUGAGGGCGGCCGUCAAGCACUCCGGGAGGGGCGCCCUGGUCACAGGGGCCGUGGCCUUCGCUGGUGGUUUGGUGGGCGGCCCACCAGGACUAGCUCUUGGGGGGGCCGUCGGGGGUUUGUUAGGCGCGUGGAUGACAAGUGGACAGUUUAAGCCAGUUCCUCAGAUCAUAAUGGAGCUGCCACCUGCCGAGCAGCAGAAGCUCUUUAACGAAGCCACUGCCAUCGUCAGGCGCCUGGAAUGGACGGACGCCGUGCAGCUGACCAUGCUGGUCAUGGGCAGUGAGGCCCUGCAGCAGCAGCUGCUGGCGAUGCUGGCCAACUACGUCACCAAGGAGCUCCGGGCGGAAGUGCAGUACGACGACUAGGCCUGUGCUCCGGGCAGCGGGGUCCAUUUAGAUGAUUCCCCCCGACUCGUGGAAGGUGACUGGGGAGCUGCAGGAAGCCGCACAUCAUCAGAAUAUUACCCUAAACUGUAGCGAAAUCUCCUGCUGGAGAGGCUGGGGCUGUGCUAUAUCACGUUCUGGAAUUAUUUGAGAAGAUGCCGUGUUUUGUGGCCGUGUGCGCCUGUGUGCCCGGACAACCCUUCAGCUGGGAAGCUGGUGAAUAGUAAAGCCGUGACUGCUGCCACGUAGUGGCAGUUUUCUGAAUCUACUCUCACUCACACGGGAGCUGGAAGAAGGUCUUCACGUUCAGCCUUCUCAUCUCAUCAUGUGAAGAUGAUGCCUGUCCAGGCAGCCGUUGCAGGACCAGCCCUCCCUGGGGACCUUGGGGCUGUCCCCUGCUGGAAUCAUGUUUACCUCUUGAAUGCCCCUUCCCCACCCAGUGACUUCUGAGUGGCCUCAGGGAGGGGGCAGUCGGCCUGCUGAGUGAAGCCACAAACGUCAGUGGCACCCAGCCCCUCCCCCAGUAGCUGCCCGACUGGGCUCUCACCCUCCCAGGGGCUUGCUUUUCCCAUCUGAAAAGUCAUAGUAGUUCCUGAGUUCUGUUUUUUAAAUUAAAUAUUUUCAGUAAAUUAUUGCUCUUUCUGAAGUGGUAGAAUCAUAAACUAUCUCUAAGAAAUGUGUCCACCCUAAAUUUCCCCUAAUAUUGUUUUUGCUUUGCUUUCAGAACCACAGUUUGACUAAGUGUCAUCAAACUACAAUAAAUGUUUUCUGAACAGUCCUUUUCUCCACCUAUUUGUGUAAAGUAUCUCUGACAUUUGAAGUUGUACACAUGGAGCACAAGGGAAGGGAGGGUAUCAGAUUUGUGACUUUAAAGAAGGAAUGAAAGCUCCAGAUUCCAGGGCCCGCGACCUGACUUUCCAGGCUGCUGUGGCUCUCUGUGCUUCCGGUGAGCACACACUGCCCCGAGCCUCCCUAGCAACCACAGGAUGUCCCUUGGGUCCCAGGGACCUGGAAGGAAGCUGCACUGUCCUCCCUGGGAUGCAGAGGAAGGCACUUCUGCUGAGCAGAGUCAGUAUCCCGCACCUCCGUGUGUGUAAAGAAAACUUCAGGGCAAAUUAGAACC